GCAAGAAGAAGAAAAGAAGAAUCCAUUUGUUUUGGUGAAAUAGGACAUGUGCAAUUUUAGAAGGCAGUGUUGCAUUCAAAACUUGCUUUGCGUUGUUGCGUUUUCGGACACCCCACUUUAAUUCGCGCAUCAAUUCUAUUAUUUUUAUUUUAUCCAUGUUGUUCAAAUGUACUUUUACUGAAUGAAGAUGUCUAAUGUAUCAAGCAGAGCUCUGGAUACGGGAGAAAUUUGCCGAUUUUGCUUAUCAGAAGAUGGUAAAUUUGUAUCUAUUUUCAAGGAAGACGAUCUCCGGGAUGAGGACGAGAGGCUCCCGGUGGCUGCAAGGAUCAUGUCUAUCACUGCGGUCGAGGUAAAUGUAGGUGACGGCCUACCAGAAUUGGCUUGUCAAAAAUGUCUAGAAAUGCUUGACCAAGCUUUCCAAUUCAGAGAUCAGGUUGAAAGAGCUGAUGCUGUGCUACGCCACCACUAUGGGCGUUUGUGGCCUGAAACAAAUCCACAGCUCCAGAAAUUAUUAAAAGAGGAUCAAGUUGUGAAAAAGAAUCUAAGUGUUGACUUUCCAUCAUCUGAAAAUGAAAAUGACCAACCAGAAGCAGCAUGUGUCGUAACUCUAAAACAGGAACAGGAUGAAGGAAAUGACGAAAGCCAAUCUCCAAAUCCGUACGAUGAUGAAUAUGACGAACCACAAGAUUACACUAUGGAUGAUGAAGAUGAUGAUGGAUGCAAACUGGAACCUGAGGACUUGACAGAGAGGCCAUCAAUUUUAAGCCAACCAUUUGAAUAUUUAGAAAAUAUGAAACAAAUGUUUCAAGAACAGCAGGAACCAAUAUCUUUGGCUCUACGAGAAACCCAAAACACAAGUGCUCCAAGAAUUCAACCAUCACCACUAACCAUUCCCAACAUUUCUGUGUCGCUCAUCCGUAAGAACAAUAUUGUUCGAGAGGCUCAAGCACAAGCUCAGGCGCAGAAUCAAGCACAAGCCAAAUCCCGUCGUUGGCGAAAAACAAAUGAACCAUGCACUAUAUGUGGAAAAUGCUUUAAAGAUAGGUUUGCAAUGAAAGUUCACCUCCGCACUCAUUCUGGAGAGAAGCCAUUUGUCUGUAUGGUCUGUGGCAAAGCAUUCCGUCAGAAGGCACAUUUAGGCAAACAUAGUUACACUCAUAGUGCCCAACGCAAACAAAGCCAGCCUCAUCCUAUAGCACCUGCUCCUUCAUCUCAAAGAGCACAGAACAGUCCACCGCUAAGUCUCUCACCCAAUCACUUGGCCUCAAAUAUGUCUGCUCAGUCCCCUGCUUCCAACAUGUAUGCUCUUGAUUCUGCAGAUGUGAAGGCGAAGCUUGCUCGUCUUAGCACCAUCCUGCAAGCUAAACCUGCACCCAAGCUGGAAAUGCAACCAAUUACUGUCCCAAUUCCUGUGCUUCCGCGUCUUCAGAAACACACUGCCCAGGGAGUCACUAUGUCGCCUCCUCGUCCAACUUCACCUCUUUCGGACCAAGGGUCUCCCUCCUCUCCUUCUGAAGAAGCACAGACAGAGCCAUUAGCUCUUGUCCCCAAGACCAUACCCCCGCCCAUCCUGCCUAAGGUUGGUCAACCUUUACUCCUACCCAAGCCUAUGUUAAGUGUUCCUCAAAUAACACCUAAGGCUGCGCAUGUAAAUAACACAUCGCCGUCUGCUGUCGCAUAUUAUGUUAUGGCAAAUGGGUUACUGCCACCGAAUGUUAUUGUUGGGAAUGGACCUGGCCUCAAAAAGUCGUAAGUUGUUUAGUUUUCUUUUAAGUAUUUGAUGACGGGUCAUUUAUGCUGCUCAAUUUUACUUUUAAAGUUGUUAUUUCUUUUUUUCUCGUUUCUUUUUUUGCAAUGCUUGCACUUAAACCAAGCCAAUGAGUUGGGUUUGUUUGUUCAAAUGUUAACAUUGCAGAAGCUGCCUUGGACAAAAUGCAUUGCAUUUUGCCAGGUUCAUAAUGUAAUUUGAUGUCGUUCACCUAAGUUGGUAAGCAAUUACCUGUUCUCUCUGAGGGGAUAUAGGUUUAAAUAUCAGUUAAAUUCUACAACCCUUCAAUUUCACUCUGUUUUAGAAUUACUAUGUUUUCAAAUUCAUGCUAAGUGGUAUUUUACAAGCAAUCCUAUCCCCCCCAUUAUUUUUCUUGUGUUCUUGGGUGUGUCACUUCUCUAAGCUGUCUAGAAAGUGCUGUCAAUUAUCUGUAAAGGUAUACAAACAGUUGUGAUUUUAAUUUAAUGUUUGCCUAUACAGUGAAUUCUGAAUAACCUCAUUCUCAAUUUGGUAGCAUGAUUUUACUAGUUAUAGAUUUGGCUGUUUUCUUUUUAUAUUCUUUUAAAUUUUGUGGCAUUAAUGAAAGGUAUUAUUUUAUCUUUUCAAUGUAUUUAUCCUAUGUGCCAUGAUCAAUCAUCAGCAUUUUGAGAUCGGUCAUUAUGUUCCUCUAUAGCAAAUAAGUCAUUUAAGUCAGAUAUAUGAAAUUUCUUUUCCAUUUCCUUUGCAUUGUUUUUGUUCUUUUCCGUUUAAUGUGUAAGUGUUGUUCUUUACUGAUGGAGCCUAUAUUACAUUUUUAUCCCUCCUAUUGGAAUCUGUGGUAUAACUUUAGUGACUGAUGUUCUAUUAUAUUUAAAGUUAUCCAUAGUAUUCAAUCUAUUUAUUGCCUCCUUUUUCAAGGAAGAAAUCUUGUGUGCCAAUGUCAAGUCAGUUUUAAGUAAACGUUGGUCUUGUUUAUUAUUUUUGUGUAUGUGUACAACUGUGCCUAUGUUUUAAGCUGUACAUGUGUGCCAACGUGAUCUUAACUGAGUGUGGAAGUGGACCACUGUCUAAGUCUUAGUAUUUUACAUAGUUCAGUAUUGUGUAGGAGUGAAGUUGCCAGUUAUUGUUGCUCAUUUCUGAUAACUCAGUGUUUCAGAACGCAGUUUGCCACUUGAGACGGUCUGCAGGUUGUUAUAUUGUGGGUAUUUAUUGCAAUAUAGCUUGUGUCCUAUCUGUCGUCGGCAGUCAAUAUGUGUGGCAAUCUGUGAUCAUGGGCAUGUUCCUAUUUGAGACUUCCUUCUCAUAUUUUUUUAAAACUGCAAUUUUGCAGAUUGUUAGUAGGAGUAUAUAAGUUAUCCGAAAGUACUUUAGUAUAUUUAUUUUCUUAUCUAUAUUUGACUGUCACUUCCUGAAUACUGACAAUGAUUAAUGUAAGUAAUGUCAUAGUAGCUUAUUUAUUUUAAAUUCAUGACAUUUAAGCAUUGUAUUAUUGUCUUAACUGCAUGCUGUUAUGGAAAUCAGAUAAUAGACUGAAGUAUUGAUUACAGACUGAUAUGGUAAUAUAAUUUGUUUAUCAACUUUUCAACUAGGAAGCUGUAGUGCUUAUGGUAUGGAAGCAACUAAGGUCUUUUCUGGUUUUUCCAGAUGGAAUCCAGAAUUGAGAUAUAAAUCAAUUGGAAAAGCAUGAUGUGAUUCCAUAAUUUUAUUGCUCAAUUUUUCUACAUUCUGAUGAUUUGCCCAUUUUCUCACUUUUCUUUCAGUUUGAAAACUGUGGGAAACUUUUUUCUUUUUGUCUAGAUGCACUGCUAUUUAUAUUUUUCAUGAUAAAAGUUAGUAUGAGCUGUGUGUCUAGUCUUUGUGGUGAUAGUCUUCUGUGUUGACGAUUUCUUAUUGAGCAAUACUUACCGGUAUUCAGUGCCCGCUAUACUGAUACCUAAUUCAUGAAUAUGUCUAUUGACAUUAUUUUUCAAUCCUCUUGAUUGUACAGCCGAGUGUUAAAGAUGUAUGUGCUGUACAUGAUUGUGAUAACUGAAAUAAUUGGUUCCUGCCUUUACUCCUACAAGACUGGUAGUUGUAUGAAUGAAGUUGUUGAAACUUCUCAAUGUGGUUGCAUUCUUUUCCUUAGUUACAAUAUUUACAUGGCUGAUCUUCAGUUUUUUAGCUUGUAACAAUUUUGACUGAACUGGUAAAUUUUAUGGGAGUCAUAAUUAUGUUAUGUAUUAUGUAGUAGGUUCAAGUCUUUACUUAUUGUGUUCAAUAUAUUACAUUUGCUGAGUGCCAUAAGAAAGAGAUUCUUAACUUAUCUCUAGGUGUAUUGCAUUUUAUCUUUUUGUGAAACUUGCCUUGACAAGAUUGAACUGUUUUAAAUUGUAUGUGGACAGUCAGUUUUUGUGAAGGUGUCUCAUGUACAUGUAUGUAACAACUAUGACGUGAAAGCACACUAGUGUAAUUACAAGUAGAUUUUUCUUUGUUAUUAUCCCCAUAGUUGCGUUUUAAAGAGAUGUAUUUUAUAAUCUUUGAUGUCAGUAAUGGACUUUCCGAUAUAAAAUACAAAAGUGUAUGUUUUAGUACUGACAGCUUGGAACAUGAUUUUGUGAAUGUGAUAUUACUGACUGGUGCC